AUGGUGGGAGCCAGUGCUGUGCUGGUUUUGGAUGGGCGCGGAAAAGUGAUUAUUGGCCGUGACUAUCGAGGCGACGUCUCUCUGGCUGUAGGGGAACGGUUCGUCAGCCGCGUCCUUGAGCAGGAUGAGGCGGCCGUGACACCUGUAUUCGAAGAUGAGGGGGUGACGUAUUGCUGGGUGAAGCUAAGGAAUAUCUACUUGCUUGCGCUUACCCGUCGCAAUGCCAAUGCAAUAAUGCUUCUGGCCUUCCUGCACAAACUGGGUGCAGUGCUAACGAGUUACUUUCACGAACUUGCAGAGGAAAGUCUUCGUGACAACUUCGUCAUCACUUACGAGCUGUUAGACGAGAUGCUGGAUAAUGGAUACCCCCAGACUACGGAGGUUAAGGUCUUGAGCGAGUUCAUAAAAAACCAGGCUCACCAGCUUUCCACUGCUGCGGUUCGGCCGCCUACCGCAAUGACCAAUGCGGUAUCAUGGCGAUCCGAGGGUAUUGUGCAUAAGAAGAAUGAGAUCUUUUUGGACGUUGUAGAAAAGCUCGAUUUGCUGGUGGCGGCAAACGGAAAUGUUUUGAGGUCGGAAAUCUUCGGCUCACUCAAGAUGAAAUCAUUUCUUUCAGGCAUGCCAGAGCUGAAACUUGGAUUGAAUGACAAGCUAGUAUUGGAAAACAGUGGGAAGUCGACGGGCCGAGGUAGAUCCAUAGAGAUGGAGGAUGUGAAGUUUCACCAAUGCGUGCGUCUUGCGCGAUUCGAGAACGAUAGAACCAUUUCCUUCAUCCCACCUGAUGGAGAGUGCGAGCUCAUGUCGUACCGACUCCAUACUCAAGUCAAGCCACUUAUUUGGGUGGACUGCCAGGUGGACACGGGCAGCUCUGGUAGCCGUCUGGAGUAUCUCGUCCGGGCAAGGAGCCAAUUCAAGCCUCGUUCAGUGGCGGGGGGUGUCGAGAUUCGAAUUCCGGUUCCAGCGGAUGCUGGUGCUGGACAUUUCAAGACCACCAUUGGCAGUGCGAAGUAUGUUCCGGACCUGGAUUGCCUUGUAUGGAGCAUCCGGCAUUUCCAAGGGCAGAGAGAAUACAGCAUGACGGCUUCGUUUGCGCUGCCAUCUGUAGAGGACGAUUCUAGACGAAAUUUCCUGCGGAGGCCGAUUCAAGUCAUCUUUGAGAUCCCGUACUUUACUGUGUCAGGGAUCACCGUUCGUUACCUCAAAAUAAUUGAGAAGAGUGGCUACCAAGCCCUUCCGUGGGUCAGAUACAUUACUCAAAAUGGAGAUUACCAGCUUCGUCUGACUUGA